AGAAUAAAAAUUGAAAAAGGAUGAAAAAAUAAAAUAAAAAAUAAAACCUCCGAAAAACCCUUUCUUUGCGUUCAGUUUCUUACAAUUCAGCUCGAAACCCUAGCCGUGUAAAAAUUCAGGUGGCGCUAAUUUCUCCAAUGGCUUCUCGUUUUCGAUCAUUUUCGCAACCAGCAUUCUCCCUAAUCAAAUCCACCAUUACAAAGCCCAAAUCCCCCUCACCCUUUCUCCUCAGAACUCGCACUCCCGUCACCGUCCGGUCAGUCGCGGAGCUUGGUUGCGUGCAGUCGCUGCUUCCCUUGUACUCGGCGGUUUCAUCAGCACGCCUCACUUCUUGCCUCGGAAUCGAUUCAACGAGCUCGAGAUCUCUGUCUCAGGAAAUGGGUCUUGGCACACCACGAUAAUAGAUUUGGAAGACUGGUGAUUGAUGAACUAGAGUCAUCAGCAUUUGCUUUGCUAGGAUGCCCUUUUGUUAAUUAUUUCGAAGUUUCUCUGAAAGAUCAUUGUAACGGGUAUGUAAUUAGAAGAAUCUUUCCAUCUUCUAGUUACAAGUGAAUGAUAUUUUUAUAAUGGUUGAUCAUUUCAUUGUUAAUUGUUUCAAAACUCAAUCAUCGUCAACAUGACUUGGUGAAUAAAAUCAAAUUUUCACUGA